UGCUUUUUUGUCCCUCCACAGAUUCCGUCCAUGGUUAAAGGAGAUGUGAAGUUGUCCGUGUUGUGAAGCUAACUCUUUAGCACUUUUAAGUAACAAAAUCAAUCAACAUUUUACAAGCUGUUGGCAGACGUGUGGGGUACAUUGUGGACAUAUUGAACUGUGUAUAUAGCAUUGGGCCGCUCUUGCCAGAAGACUGUAUAGAACGUUGUGGUUUGCUAGCUAACACAGCACAGGCCUAAUCCACGGUUGCAAGUGAACGCAAGUGGUACCUGUCGUGAGAAUGGACUCUUGGGUUCGAUUCAGUGCGCAGAGCCAAGCCAAGGAGCGAGUUUUCAGGGCUGCACAGUACGCAUGUACGUUGCUAGGCUACACUCUCCAGAAGGGUGGGGCAGGCAUUGAGCGCCUGAAGAUGGUGAAACAACUGGAAGCUCAUAUGAGCCUAACAAGGAAGUUGAUGCGUCUGGGGAACUCUGCAGAGGCUGUGGAGGCAGCGAAGCGUGCAAUGCACCUCUCAGACAGCGUGCUGCGUCUCUGCCUGACCGUGGCCCACCUCAACAAGGCCAUGUACUUCGCCUGUGACAACGUGCUGUGGGCCGGCAAAGCGGGCCUCCUGCCCAAGUUGGACCAGGACAAGUGGAGCCAGAGAUCCUUCAGGUACUACCUCUUUGCCCUCAUCCUUAACCUAACCCGGGACGCCUACGAGAUCCGCCUGCUUAUGGAGCGUGAGGCCCGCUCCUCCCACGGGGGGUCAAAUGCUACCUGGACUUUCCCUCCCUCCUCUCCAUCCCCCGAGAACGGCGACCUGUCCCACCCCCACCCCUCUUCCUCCUCCUUCCCCGCGGCCAUAUUACCCCUUCUGUCCGAACGCCUCGGCAGACAGUUCCACCUGCUGGGGAUGGUGCUGCGCAGCAACCCACCACUGCUGCUGGACCUGCUGAAGAACGCAUGCGAUGUGUUUAUCCCGUUGGACCGGCUGGGCAUCUACCCCACCGGCCAGGGCUUCGUGGGGGCCUGUGGCCUGGCCUCCUCGGUUCUCUCCAUCCUCACCAUCGUCCACCCCUGGCUCAAGCUCAAACCGUGAAGAAGCCAGAAUUUUUGGUUGAACGUUCUAGCUCAAGUCAAACAUUCCUCAAGCUCAAGCUUUAAAGGAGGCAUUUUGGCAGAGUGUUUUAGAUCCGCUAGUAGAAGUCUAGACGUACUGUUGUGUCGAAGGAUGCAGCAUGACGGGUCCUGUACACUGUUUGCUUGGAACGUUUAGCGUUUUUAUUUGGAAUGCCAACAUUUUGGGCAGAUCAUGCUCGGAUAAAGGUUGGUGGACUGAAACAGUAGUAUUUUGAAUCAAAGAGAGAGAAUUUGCAAUUGAGCGGUGUAUUGGAAUUCCGUCUUUUGUAUCCUGCUCAUGCUCUAAUAUUUUCAAACACAGAAUUCCCCAAAAGCCGUUUGGUUUGGUAGUUGAGAAGGACCUUCCCUAUGCAAGUGUAUUGAACCGGCACAUUGAACAUCGUUCAGUCCGAAUGGUAGACCCAUAGACAUAGACGCAUAAACACCCUAAAGUAAAAUCCAUAAAGCUUGUCAGUUGUGAUUUACCCAGGCUUUAAAGGAAAACUCUACCAAAAACUGUCUUUUGGUAUUUGUUUCAUUUGUCCAUUGUUGAGCAGUCACGUUUUCAAGAUGUAUAACUUUUAAAUACAGAAAUACAGCCUGUAUGAUGCAUCAUGCAAAAUGAAUCAUACCGGCUGUAUUUCUUUAUUUUGAAAGUUAUAUAUCCUAACUUGAUCACUGUCAUUAAAAAUAUUUUGGUACUAUAUCAACAAUGGACUAAUAAAACAAAUACCAAAAGAUAGUUUUUGGGUGGAGUUUUCCUUUAAAGCCUGGGUAAAUCACAACUGACAGGCUUUAUGAAGUUAUACAUAGCAAAACGAAAGCCAGAAUGUCGUUCAGUGAGUGUCUGAAAGGGAUACUUCAGGAUUUUGGCAAUGAUAGCCCUUUAUCUACUUCCCCAGAGUCAGAUGAACUCGUGGAUUCCAUUUUUAUGAACUCUCAAGCUGUGGGGAGCACAUGACAAACCCCCAUCUGUAAACCAAGUAUGGGGAUGAUUUAUAUGAUCUUCUCAGAUGAUUGUGAGGAGCAGCUGUCUUGCAUGUCUCAAGUCCAAACUUCUCUGUCAAAGGGGAGAGACCACGUCCACAAAUACUACUAACUGUCCUCUUUCUUAACUUGCACUUAGUUUAUAACCUUAAUCAGCAUUUGAAAUGGAUCCUGGUCUCUAUUAGGAAAGUGCUUCCACAUCCCUAUACAUACUGUUUCUGUCCUGUUCGCAUUGAAAAUGAUACCAUUGGAGAAGAUGAUCUGUACCUACAGCAUUGGUUUGGGAGAUAGGCCUAUUGUCCAAUGUUAUCCCUGAUGAACGCCGUAUAGAUAGAUAUGUGGAACAUCUUCCUCAGUUAAUUAAAGUCAUAACAUAAAAAAGCUUUAUUUCUAUGAAGAGGUGCAAUAAAAUAUUUUCUCAUUCAGCCAACCCGGGCAUCUAAUGAUUCUGUCCAUUUAACUAUAUAAUUUGUUGAAUUCACCCAACAGCUAAUUAUUUAGUCUACUUGUAAGUACAUUUGUUAAGGUACUUAUAGGUCAAUUUGUAUAAUCAAUUACAUCAUUAUUAUGUAUUAAUGCCAUGCCAUUUAAAGCCACUGAACCAGAUACGAGUUAAACUAUAUUAGAAAUGUAAGUGUAUUCAGCUGCAAUGACACAGCAGUGGGAUAAAGCCAUGCUAACUUUCAAAUGGCUAAUUUAAAACAUUUGACUUUCUCCUUUAUAUACACUGUUACAGUGCAACAAGAGCACUAUGCUAGGAGUCAAAGUGUGCCAUUUGGUCUCUGGCUGGCUAGCAAAACAAUUUCUUACUCGUUCUCCUUGACAGGCUAAUUGUGGACAUGAUUUCUGGUAUAAUCUCCUCCACUACUUUUGAGUCCUGAGUCACACUGUAGAGGUGUAACUGUUGAUGAUUCUGUAUAAUAAUGUAUGGUUUUGUAAAUAAUCCAGUAAAUAAUAUUUGUCAUGUUUUGAUGAGAAUCGGAGUGGUUUGUUAACCAUUUUCCUCAGUGAGGGAGGACAUUUUUAUAGCCAUGUAAAGAUCUUUGAAAUCUUGUCUUGAUGCUAAUGUACCACCAGUGCUGAAGCUUGGCUGCUGUGUGGAGAAAAGUUUUCACAAAAUAAAAUAAAUUCCUUUGAUUUAA